GGACGAUGGUGCAGGUGGUUGCGCAAAAGAGAAGAAGAAAAACGACAGCAAAGAUGAGUCAGAUGAGGAAGACGAGGAAAAGGAACGAUUCAAAAAUAGUUUGGCCAGUGCAAUUAUUGUCCAGACGCCAAACAUCUCAUGGGACGAUGUGGUCGGCUUGGACGCGGCUAAAGAGGCACUAAAAGAAGCCGUUAUUUUACCCAUCAAAUUCCCGAACCUGUUCACCGGGGGUCGCACACCUUGGCGAGGAAUUUUGCUCUAUGGGCCUCCUGGUACCGGGAAGUCUUUCUUGGCCAAAGCGGUGGCAACUGAGGCCAAUAAUUCCACUUUUUUGUCCGUGUCCAGUUCGGAUUUGAUGAGUAAAUGGUUGGGUGAAUCCGAAAAACUGGUCCGUGCCCUGUUCACCAUGGCUCGAAAGAAGAAACCGAGCGUUGUAUUCAUUGAUGAGGUAGAUUCCAUCUGCGGCUCCCGGAGUGACAACGAGUCAGACUCAGUUCGUCGAAUCAAAACCGAAUUCCUGGUCCAAAUGCAGGGUGUCGGCGCAGAUAACGAUCAAGUCCUUGUUCUUGCUGCUACCAACAUUCCAUGGACUCUGGAUCCUGCCAUUCGACGUAGAUUCGAAAAACGCAUUUACAUCCCAUUACCCGAAGCAAAUGAGCGAAGCAAAAUGUUCCAAGCUAAUCUGAGCGGCUCACCACACACGUUGACACCUGAGGAUUUUAUGACUUUGGGGAAAAAAUCUGUGGGUUACUCUGGUGCUGAUAUCAACAUUGUGGUUCGUGAAGCUUUGAUGGUCCCUGUGCGAAAGUUCCAGAGUGCAACACACUUCAAAAGGGCUGACGUAUUACAAUCUCUGAGUCGAAACAAGCACACCGUGGCCCAAGCGGACCUGGACAAAUUGAUCCAGUUCACUAAGGAAUUCGGUCAAGAUGGAUCGUGA